UGAUACCCGUGUACCCCGGAACAGCCGUCAAAAUUACGCAGAACACGCAAAAAAUGUCCUCGCUGGUGCUGAGGAGCCUCUCGAUACUGCUCGGGCUGUUCUUCAUAUUCAUCGGCAUUAUGAAGAUUUCGCCACACCUCAGCAAGGACCUGCAUCGAGAUUUGCGCAAGAACUACGUCAAGUAUGCGAAAGUGUUCCCGCUCUCGACACUGCUGGAGUUUAAAAUACCCUCAAAAUGGUACCGGCGAUCGGUCGGCGGACUAGAGGUGCUGUGCGGUCUGGCCAUGGUGCUCAUACCUAGCCAUAAAAUAAAAAAUGCGGCCAACAUAACGCUUCUACUGUUGAUGUUCCUGGCCGUCUACUCGCACUACAUGGUAAGCGAUCCGUUCGAACGGUCCGGCCCGGCGCUCGUCUUCACCUUCAUGCUGAUCGGGCGGCUAGUGAUAUGGUAUCAGGCAAGCAGACGGGAAGCGGCCCUAGCAGCUGCUGCACAGCCCACUGCCAAUGGACUGAAACAGGAGUAAGGUGGCAA